AUGGCGAGUUACAUUUCCACUGGAGGGUUGGUGGUUGAGAAGGUGAUGAGGUAUCUUGUUGUAGGUGACGCAAGAUACAACUUUAUGGGUAUUUCAGACCCCUUUCACCCGUUUUACCAGCAAAGGCUUACCCAGUACCGUUCUCUGAAUCAACAAGACGAAGCUAAUCUUGAUUAUGAUGCUACUCUUGCUGCUUACAUGCGAAAGGCUACUGAAUUCCGUUCUCGGAUUCAACAAGAGGGACCUAAUCUUGAUGAUGAUGAUGCUGAUGCUGGUCAACGCAUUGUUCUGCCACAUCUUCUGGACUAUAGACUUCCAAAAGGGAUGAGUGUCAAGAAUUUAGAACUAUCAAGCUCACAACACAGUUUGGGGCUUGGGUUCAAGGAAAGAGAUGGAUUUGAGUUUACGAAUCCAACUGAUAGUAAGUUCCCACGAUUCACUCUAUUUGUUCUUGAGUAUUCAGAAGUAUUUAAGGCACCUAAAGAUCUGAAAGAAAAGUGGGAUUCUCUCCAUGAUGUUAAAUGGAGGGAUGGUGGGGUGAUGUCUAUGGUUAAUUGGCAUGCUUCUUUUGAGAAAGAGUUUUUUGCUAACAAUGAAGAGCUUCCACCACCUGAAAUUACUGAAACUGGUUGGUGUAUAAUCAUGAUCUCUGUUGUGGAUGUUGAUGGUCGUGAGCUAAACAUUAUUGAGAAAACAGUGCAGUCGUUAUCUGAAAACGUGGCGAGUUUCAAGGAGAAAAUAGCCGCGGAUAAACCGAAGAAUCCCACCAGAGAAGCAGGUGAUAUUCGGAAAAUCCGGGUUGUUAAAGGACAACAACAAGUCACUAGCAUAUUAAAAUGUAGGAGCAGGAGAAAUCCUCACUUUGUCAUUCUGUACGUGUGGGAGAUAGACAGAUUUGGACAAGCCUUGUUUAUGCACGGAAAUGUUUUUCGACGCACUUGA